ACUGCCUAUUCUGUGCCGGCGGUCUCUGUGAGUCUGUGACCCUUUGCCGCUGCUGGAAAGGUCCAGCUGGGUCUGAGGAAUCCUGGACCGGGGUCAUGGCUCUAAAGCUUAUCCAGAGGUUUCCGCGGCUCGGGCAGUUCGGGAUUCAACGUCAUCCUCCUGUUGCAUCUGCCAGCCCUCUGAGAACCAGCAGUGCAGGUCAGCCCGUAUGUGUAGCCUGUCUGUGCACCUCAGCCGGCCGGUGCAUCAGAAGACAGGGCUGUAGGACGCUCCAGCCGGACUGUGGGAUAAGGAGCCUGACCACGAUCGCCAGGGAGCCGGCCUUUGUCGCCAGCAGCUCUGUGGGACUCCACAGAGAUUCAGUUCCCCGGUUCUCGCUGACCCAGCUGCAUCGACCCACAGCUGCAGAGGAGCAGGAUUUCCAGCAGCGUCUAGGCAGCUGCUCCUCAUACCGGCAGGUCUUCAAACUGCUGCGCUCAGUGGAGAUUCUAUCUGACACCAUGGCUGCAGCAGCACUUCACCGUGUGGCCGACCUGGAGCAGGAGGGAACCUCUCUGAAGGACCCCACAGUGCUGGAGAAGGACACCAUCAGGGCCCUGUGCUUCCAGCUGGAGCAGGACUCGGGCCGGCUGACGGAUGCUGGGCUGGUAUCAGCUCUCCUGGCCUGCACACGCCUCUUUUUGGAUCCCUGGAGCACUCUGAUGGUGCGGCUGGUGUCUGAGAGCCAGGACAGACUAGACAGGGGGGAGAUGACUGUGGGGCAGCUGUGUACCUUAGGACAGGCGAUGAUAGCCAUUGAGGGUCCUGGCUGUGUGAUGCUGGAGCAGGUGAUGGCGAACAUCCAGAAGCAGGCGCCUGCCCAGUGGAGCCUAUCAGAUCUCGUUGCUGUAUAUAGGCUUCUGCAAGGUUGCAUUGGUGAAGAUGGAAAAUACAGAGACUUGCUGAAUGCCAUGCACACCCACGCUGUGAAAGUGACCUCUCGUAUGGAUCCUGCUGCUGUCAGCGUGCUGCUCAGUACUCUUGUGAUCCUGAACCAGACCCAGGCCAUGCCUUUAGUGAUCAGUCUGUGUAAGCAGGCUGUGCAGCAUGUACCUCACUUCACUGAUGAGGAGCUCGCCCUUGUGGUUGGGGCUCUGAUCCACUUUGGCCACAGUGAUCAUUACUUUGUGCAGGCUAUGGAGAAGUACGUCCCUACAAUGGCAUUCACCUCCCAUCCAGAGACGGUUACCAAGGUGAUGCAGUUCUUUGGCCGGAGGAACAUCCUGUCACCAACUGUGUUUAACGCUGUUGCUGAAAGCUUUGUGUACCGAGCGGACGACUACAACACCAGCCAGGUUGCCAGGCAGAUCAUGGCUUUCGGGAAGCUGGGAUACCUCCCGCCUAACGCAGGCAACAUGUUCAGGAAAGUUGAAAUCAUCCUGCACACACGCUUUUCACACUUCCAGCCUCGAACGCUGCUCAACCUGCUCCACGCCUGCAUCCUGGUGGAGAGGUUCCCUGUCAAUUUUGUCUCCAAAGUCUUCAGCAGAUACUUCCUCCAGCAGCUGCAAGAGCAAGGCACAGGAAUGGAUCGGCUCAUCCUGUCACAGCUGACCCAGCUCUACAUGACUGUGAAGUUGGAGUGUCCUUUCUAUGAGGGCCCCAAGCUGCAUUCAAAGUACCGCGUCAAGUCUUUCCUCAUGUCCGGACGCUCCCUGGAGACGCCGGUGGACACACAUCUGUACCACUCUGUGAAAAAUGGACUGAUUGGUUUGCUCGGGGCUCGUUCCUACUUUGGAUCCAAAGUUCUGACGCCAUACUGCUACACACUCGAUGUGGAGCUAAAACUUGAUGAAGAGGGAUAUGUGCUGCCUGCCAGUCACAAUGGUGAUGUGUACAAAAGGAUUGCUCUUUGUAUUGAUGGACAAAAGAGGUUCACUACAAACAAGAGACAGCUGCUUGGAAAAGAGGCCAUCAAGCAGCGACACCUGAGGCUUCUGGGAUAUGAAGUGGUUCAGAUUCCUUACUAUGAAUUUGAAAAACUGAAAAACAUGACCAGCGUGGUGGAGUACCUGCACCAAAAAAUCUUCCCUCACACUUACAGGCUGAACUGGUGAUGAUAAAAACAAUGUGAUAUCAGGGGUCUUUUUUCUCACUUAAAGAAAUCAUUAUUUAUUUUUGCUAAUUACUCGUUAUCAAACGAAUGUGUUUUAAGUUAUUGAUUAUGCACCUCCAC